AUGGCCAAGCUGGUGGAGUGUGUCCCCAACUUCUCGGAGGGGAAUAACAAGGAGGUGAUCGAUGCGCUAGGGCAGGCCAUAUCCCGGACGCCGGGCUGCGUGCUGCUGGAUGUGGACGCUGGUGCCUCCACCAACCGCACCGUCUACACCUUCGUGGGGUCCCCUGAGGCCAUCGUUGAAGGGGCACUGAGCGCGGCCCGCGUGGCUGGGCAGCUCAUUGACAUGAGCCGGCACAUGGGCGAACACCCUCGCAUGGGGGCCCUGGACGUCUGCCCCUUCGUGCCGGUGAUGAACGUCAGCAUGGAGGAGUGCGUCACCUGCGCCCAUGUCUUUGGGCAGCGCUUGGCAGCGGAACUGGGGGUGCCUGUUUACCUGUACGGAGAGGCGGCGCGGGAGGAGAGCAGGAAAGCCCUGCCUGCCAUCCGCGCCGGGGAGUACGAGGCGCUCCCCGAGAAGCUUGCAAAACCAGAGUGGGCUCCCGAUUUUGGGCCCGCAACCUUUGUUCCCCGGUGGGGGGCCACGGUGACGGGUGCCCGGACCUUCCUUAUUGCGUACAAUGUCAACCUGCUGUGCACCAAGGAGCUGGCUCACCGCAUUGCCCUCAACAUCCGCGAGCAGGGUCGCAGUGCCGACCAGCCCGGGCGCUUGAAGCGGGUGCAGGGCAUUGGCUGGUAUUUGGAGGAAGAGAAUAUAGCCCAGGUUUCAACGAACCUGCUGGACUUUGAGACCACACCGCUCCACACCGUCUACGAGGAGGUCUGCCGAGACGCGGAGGCACUGAACCUCCCCGUGGUGGGGUCCCAGCUGGUGGGGCUUGUCCCCAAGAAGGCCAUGCUAGACACGGCCGAGUUUUACAUCAAGAAGGAAAAACUCUUCAUCCUGGAGGAGGAACAAAAGAUCAGGCUGGUGGUCAGCCGGCUGGGCCUGGACUCCCUGUCUCCGUUUCACCCCCGGGAGCGCAUCAUCGACCCCCUUCUCAGCCACCCGCAGAGCCAUGAGGUGGAUGAAAACCCGUUGGAGAGGGCGGUGCUGGGCGGCUCCGUUCUGCCAGCCGCAGCUGCCCUUGGAGCGGCGCUGGGCUGCAUGGUGGGGCUGAUGAGCUAUGGGAAGCGGCAGUUUGAGGAGCUGGACCCCAUCAUGAGGAACCUGAUCCCCCCCUUCCACCAGGCCAUGGACGAGCUGGUGGCAAUGGUGGACGCCGACUCCCGUGCCUUCAGCAGCUACAUGGAAGCUAUGAAGCUGCCAAAAAGCACCCCUGAAGAGCGGGAGAGACGCACGGCUGCCAUGCAACAGGGGCUGAAGACAGCCGUGAGGGUGCCCUGCGCCCUGGCAGAAAAGGUGAGCGGGCUCUGGCCUGCUCUGAAGGAGCUGGCAUGCCACUGCAACCUGGCCUGCAAAUCUGACAUCCAGGUGGGAGCCAAAAUGCUGGAAGCGGCUGUGUUCGGAGCUUACUUCAACGUCGUGAUCAACCUCAAAGACAUAACGGAUGAGAAGUUCAAGCUUGCGAUGUUGCAGAAGGUCUCUGGGCUGCUGGAGGAGGCAAAGCAAGGCUCGGCGCUUGUGAUGGCACUGCUGGAGAAGCGGGCGGCCUGA